UGUGUGUGUGGAGGAGGGGGGUGAUGUCCACUAUAUAAAGACCCGCCAAAGAGGGUCAGAAAUGGACAUCAUCAGGACCCUGAGCUGGACAGAGGUGAAAGCAUCAUUUCCAGAAAAAGAUUUCUUAUAUAACCUGUAGUCUCUGCCAGAGCUGAAGAUGCCAAACUGGGGUGGAGGAGCCAAAUGUGCGGCCUGUGAGAAGACGGUUUACCAUGCUGAGGAGAUCCAGUGCAACAGCCGCAGCUUCCACAAAACCUGCUUCAUCUGCAUGGCUUGCCGUAAAGGUUUGGACAGCACAACAGUUGCAGCACACGAGUCUGAGAUUUACUGCAAAUCCUGCUAUGGCAAGAAAUAUGGUCCCAAAGGUUAUGGGUACGGCCAGGGUGCUGGAGCGUUGAGUUCUGACCCCGUUAAUAAUGAAGAACUUCAGCCUCAGGAGCCCAAAACUCCCCAUCCUGCAUCUGCGAACUCAAACCCAAGCAAGUUUGCACAGAAGUUUGGGAGUACGGAUCGCUGUCCUCGCUGCUCCAAAGCCGUUUAUGCAGCAGAGAAAGUCAUGGGUGCUGGAAAGCCCUGGCACAAAACCUGCUUCCGCUGUUUACUGUGUGGGAAGAGCCUGGAAUCCACCACAGUGACGGAUAAAGACGGAGAGCUCUACUGUAAAGUUUGCUAUGCCAAAAACUUUGGUCCAAAGGGGCGUGGCCUGGGGAACCUGGGUGUGGUUGAGGACAAUGAAUGACAAGCUUAGACCAACCCAAUGCAGCCACUUUUUCACUGCACACAACAACCGAAUAUGACUGUCAGAAUUUGCCCCCUAGUGGCAGUCCUGAUGAUUUUUUCGUAUGUUCAGUAAAGGAGUGCAAUAGCAAGAGCAUUUAACCUCUAAGAAUUCCCCAAAAUGGAAUAAAUAAAACUGUGCAAAAAUGUUAUUAUUAAUUUAUUAACUAAAUUAACAAUGUAUUUGCAUUUUGCCAAGUUUUAAUGCAUCCACAGCUCAAUUUGGAUCUGAAAAUUUCACAUUUUCUAUAGGAAAUGAAUGACUUCUGGUCUAUCAAACGCUAUUUGUUGUGUGCAGUGAAAAGUCAGCUUUAUACAUCAAGCUGAAGUGUGUCAGUUCCAAACAGAAUAAAAGAACAAAAGAAAAGAAAAACACCCAAAACUCACACCAGUGUUCCUGUGUGUGGACUGUGUGAUUAAGCAGUAUAAUGUUGUGAUGGUGUAAAAUAUUUACACUUUUUGAGAACCUCAACCAACAGCUCACGUAUCUCCUCACGAUAAGUUACGAAAGGGGAAAGUAUUUUAAGAUUAAAAAAAAAAAUGUAAUGUACACACUUCAUUUUGAAUGUGAUCUUAUAUUGAUGCUAUGCUGCAUAAAAGAAAUGUAUUACAAUUAUAUGAAUCCUAACUACUGUAACUAUAUAUCAUAUGUCAUUGCAUAAAAACAUAAAUAAAGGAUAAAAUAUGUGUUAUUCAA